AUGGUAGAAAUCGGUCAAUUGAAGACUCAGCUCUCCGACCUGAAGGAUGACACCGACAGAAAUGCAAAAGAAACAUUUACAUUAAAGCAGAAACUAAUGCAUGCCAAGAGCGUGACGAACAGUAUUCCACAAACAGAAGGUUCGAAGUCGCCUGAACUAACCGAUUCAAAAGGAGGAUUUAAGCCUGUUUCAGCGAACGACCAUAUUGGAAGAGAAACAAGACUUCUCUUACCUGGUAUUACAGACGACGGCAAGCGAACAGCUUUCCAUGCUUUCAUGGGGUCGAACGAACCUGUGACAGCACAUAAACUAAUAAUAUUUAAUAUUGUGAGGAUAAACAAUGGACAUGGAUACAACAAUAAUACUGGAGUAUUUACGUGUCCAGUCAGCGGUCUCUACGUGUUAACAUAUACCCUCUAUGCUUAUCUUAAUAGCUGGACGACAAUGGAGCUAAUUGUUGAUAAUUCUGUACAUUCAAAAUCGUUUGUUGAUGGAUCUGAGGACUACCAGGUUAAUGGAGUUACUGCUAUAUCAUUGGUAUAUAUGACAAAAGGAGACACUGCAUUUGUUAGAACAGGAACAUCCACAAAUUCCCAUCUUCAGAGCGUUGGUUCCAUAAGAAGCGAUGAUGAUGUAUGGUCUACGUUUUCUGGGUGGAAAAUCUCCGAUUAA